AUGGCGUCUUGGUGGGCGUGGGUCAAGUGGCCCUUCUACUUCGGGGGCGGUCUGGCCAGUCUGACUGGCGGUGCCUUGUACUAUUGGCAAAACGAACUCAUCUACCCUCGAAACAUCCCCCCAGGAGCGCGGAAAGACGUCCCAAAGCCCUCUCAAUUCGGUAUCGAGGACUAUGAGGAGUUAUCAAUUCCCACGCCGGAUGGAGAAACAUUGAGCGCGUUUCUCGUCCGGCCACCCAACAAGUCACAAGCCCGGCCCAUCACCAUUCUGACCUUUCACGGCAAUGCAGGCAACAUUGGCCACCGUCUGCCCAUCGCUCGCGUGCUCGCAAACGACCUCCAAUGUACCACUUUGAUGCUCGAAUACCGAGGGUAUGGCCUUUCCACCGGCGACCCAAACGAGAAAGGCCUCAAGAUCGAUGCUCAGACGGGCCUGGACUACAUCCGGCAACGCGACGACCUCAAAAGCAACAAUAUUGUCAUCUACGGGCAGAGUCUCGGCGGCGCGGUCAGCAUCGACUUGGUGGCGAAGAACAAGGGGACUGGCGACAUCAAGGGAUUGAUUCUGGAAAACACAUUCCUCAGCAUCGCCAAGAUGAUUCCCAAGGUCAUGCCGGCGGCGAAGAUCCUGACGCCGCUUUGUCACGAAUACUGGAAAAGUGAGGAGACCAUUCCGCAGAUCACCGAUAUUCCCAUUUUGUUCCUGAGCGGACUCAAAGAUGAGAUUGUGCCACCAUCACACAUGAAGGAACUCUUCCGAUUGAGCAAAGCGAAAGGGUUGGUGUGGAAGGAGCUCCCGAACGGCGACCACAACAACACUGUCGGCGAGCGCGGAUACUUCCAACACGUCAACGACUUUCUCGAGCAAUACGUGUUGAAAGGGCCUUAG